CUCUGGCCACCCAGCAUGUCCCAGCGGCACUCGGACAGCUCCCUGGAGGAGAAGCUUCUGGAAUACCGCUUCCACUCAGAGCUCCGGCUGGACGCCAAUGGGAACCCAGCCUCCGGGCUCCCGAUGGUCCGGGGCUCCCUGCGGGCCAGGGCCAAUGCCACCUUCCAGCCCGAGGCCCCAAUGCCCACGGGGGCAGGGGAGCCGCAGCCCGUCAUUCUGAGCACGCAGAGCCCCGCCGCGCUCAAGCUGGGCACCCAGCAGCUCAUCCCCCGGAGCCUGGCUGUGGCCAGCAAGGCGAAGGCCCCAGCCCGCCACCAGAGCUUUGGGGCGGCCAUGCUCAGCAAGGAGGCCGCCCGGCGUGACCCCCGGCUCCUCCAGGCCCCCAGCUUUUCCCUGGAUGACCUGGACGUGGACACAGGCCCCGGGGGGAUGCUGCGGAGGAACCUGCGGAACCAGUCCUACCGGGCGGCCAUGAAGGGCCUGGGGGGGCCCAGCCACAGGGACCCCAUCCAGCUCAGUCCCAAGCUGCAGGCCCUGGCCGAGGAGCCCAGCCCACCACCUGCCCGCUGCCCAGCCAAAAACAAGAGGACGCUGGGGCGGAAACGUGCACACAAGGGCUCCUUCAAGGAUGACCCCCGAUUCUACCAGGAGAUCCGGGAGCGGGGCCUGAACACUAGCCACGAGUCUGAUGAUGACCUGCUAGAUGACCCCUCCAGCCCCGAAGGACCCCGAAAGGCAGACACCACCAUCGUGGUCAAGAACUACCGGCCAGCCCAGGUCACCUGGAGCCAGCUCCCAGAGGUAGUGGAGUCGGGCAUCCUGGACCAGCUGUCCACGGAGGAGCGCAAGAGACAGGAGGCCAUCUUCGAGAUCCUCACGUCCGAGUUCUCCUACCACCACAGCCUGAGCGUUCUGGUGGCUGAGUUCCUGCAGUCCAAGGAGCUGCAGGCGACCGUGACCCCGACGGAGCACCACCACCUCUUCUCCAACAUCCUGGACGUCCUGGGUGCCAGUCAGAGGUUCUUUGAGGCCCUGGAGCAGCGGCACAAGGCGCAGGUGCUCGUGGAAGACAUCAGCGACAUCCUGGAAGAGCACGCCGAGAGGCACUUCCACCCCUACGUGGCCUACUGCUCCAACGAGGUCUACCAGCAGCGCACGCUGCAGAGGCUGACAAGCAGCAACGCGGCCUUUCACGACGUCCUACGUGAGAUCGAGAGGCGGCCGGCGUGCGGGGGGCUGCCCAUGAUUUCCUUCCUCAUCCUCCCCAUGCAGAGGGUGACCCGGCUGCCCCUCCUGAUGGACACACUGUGCCUCAAGACUCAGGGCCACCCUGAGAGGUACAAGGCCGCCAGCCGCGCACUCAAGGCCAUCAGCAAGCUAGUGAGGCAGUGCAACGAGGGAGCCCACACGAUGGAGCGCACGGAGCAGUUGUACACAUUGCACACGCAGCUGGACUUCGGCAAGGUCAAGUCCCUCCCGCUGAUCUCCGCCUCCCGCUGGCUGCUGAAGCGUGGGGAGCUCUUCGUGGUGGAAGAGACGGGCCUCUUCCGGAAGCUGGCCAGCCGGCCCACAUGCUACCUGUUCCUGUUCAAUGACGUGCUGGUUGUGACCAAGAAGAAGAGUGAGGACAGCUACACGGUCCAGGACUACGCGCAGAUGGACCAUGUCCAGGUCCGGAAGAUGGAGCCCUCAGAGCUCCCCCUGCAGGCGGGGGGCAACCGCAGCUCCUCUGUGCCGCACCCCUUCCAGGUGACCCUGCUGCGCAACAGUGAAGGCCGCCAGGAGCGGGUCCUCCUGUCCUCGGACUCUGCGAGUGACCGUGCCCGGUGGAUCACAGCACUUACCUACAGGGAGAGACAGGGCCAGGGCCCCACUAACAAAGGAGACCUGCCCCAGGUGGAGAUCACCAAGGCCUACUUCGCAAAGCAGGCAGAUGAGGUCACACUGCAGCAGGCAGACGUGGUCCUGGUCCUGCUGCAGGAAGACGGGUGGCUCUAUGGGGAGAGGCUUCGGGAUGGCGAGACGGGCUGGUUCCCCGAGGACUUCGCACGCUGCAUCACCAGCCGCAUGGCCGUGGAGGACAACGUGCGCAGGAUGGAACGGCUGCGGGUGGAGACUGACGUCUAGCCAUCGCGGGCACCCCGCAGGCCUCCUAUCAUUGACCCUCCAGUGCCAGCCUGACUCCAGGGAGCUAGUCCCAGGGUCACAGACGAUUCCCUGGGUCUCUGCAAGGCCGCGUGGCUGCAGCCAUGGGCUCUUGACAUGUCCCAGAAAGAAGAUCACAUGCGUCUCCCCCACCCCCAGAAGCAGCCUGCAGGCAAAGGGGCCACUCCCAGUACCCCCAGGAGGAGCCCAG